AUGGGAGACACACAGGAAAGGGCUUCGUACGCCCUGCCGGAACCCCCCACGCCGGGCGGGACGUCUGGUGGUAGUAGCGUUGGACGAGAAGAGCACUCUCAAGAGCGGCCCAAGCGAGCGAAACGAUCCUUCCUCACCCAGAACGCGUGCACCAGAUGUCGUAGCAAGAAGUCAAAGUGCGACGGUGCGCGCCCUGUCUGCGAACGUUGCCGGAAGCAUGGCGCCGAAUGCAUAUAUGACGUUGCGCAAGAAGGCUUGACGAGGAUGCAGAAUCUGCAGCAGCAGUUGGAGGCGCGGACGGCGGACCACGGCAGGCUCCAGAACUUGUUCAGCCUGUUACAGAACGGUACAGAUCAAGAGGCGACGUCGCUGCUUGCACGCAUGCGUAUGGGCGCGGGCGUCGAUGAGUUGCUGAGUGUUGCGCAGCCUUCACCAAUGUCAUCGAUGAGCCUCCCUGACGGUCCUUCCACUCACCAAUCCUUCCCACGAGAGCAACAACAGCCAGGCGGUUACAUGCAGCAGCAAUACACCACAAGUCCGGCGUCAGACCAGGGCGGCUGGGAACAGUGGCCCCAAGCAGGCAGUCGCAGCAUGUCGAUGUCAUCGGAGUCUCAUCAGGAGGGUUUCCAGCCAUCGGCGGGAAUGGCCCUGCAAGGGUACUAUGCACCACAAGAGCCUUACGACCCCUACUACCACCAGAUGCCGGGCGAAGGAUACGGAUCGCACGAGCAGCAAUGGCAGGGUAACCAAUCGUCGGAGAUCGCGAUGCCGCCUGGCUAUCAGUUUGCAACACCACAAGGGCCUUUUGGAGCUCAGCAACAACCACCACCGCAAGGGCAGCAGCAAGGACAACCUCCGGGAGAGCAGAGGGGUGGACCACAACCGCCUCGUGGGCGUUCGCGAACUUGA